GCGGCUCCUUUUCCAUUUUUUCCUCAAUGGUUUUGUUUUCUCGCCUGUUGGUCGCUGCUGUGUGUUUCUGCAUGGGGGCUUUGGGCACCGGGAGGAUGCGCUUUUUGGAGGAACAAAUGCUCAAAGUUGUGUCUUCGGCCUGUCCGGGGUUGUUUUAGUGGAUACAUAGAUGUGUUUCGGGUUGGAAUGAACAAUGGUGCGGCUCCUUGGUGCUCUGGCCGGGGGCAUGCUCUGGUUUCGGCUACUGUUGCUGUGCGUCGUGGAGUUGGAGCUGGGAGCCGGGCUCUCUACUUUCCAGGGUUUCUAUCUUCCACCUGCGAACGGGUCGCUUCUCACACCUGCCCGGAGGACAGAUGGAGUCGUGCGGACCAUUGACCGGAUUUACCACGGAGGAGGCAAGGUGGGCUACCUGGUGUACCUGGAUGGGAGCCGGUUUCAGCUGGACAUGGAGCGGGACGAGUUGGUACUGUCGCAUCACUUCAGCCCCCAGUAUGUGCUCCCUAUGAUGGGGGACAGCCCUGCGCCUUUGCAGCUCGAGUGCGUGUACCGCGGGACUGUGGACUCCAACCCGGAGUCCCUGGCUGUCUUCAACCUCUGCGGUGGGGGUCUUGAGGGCUUCUUCGCCGUGAAUCACGCGCGCUACUCCAUCACGCCUAUCAUCAGGGCGAAGGGACACGAGCAUGACGUGCGCGCCCUGCAGGACAAGGACGCGGAGAGCGCGCUCCACGUAUUCACGCGCCAGAGUUUCAGCUUCGAGGCCAUGCGCGAAGGACGCGAGAGCUGCGGGACGCGCGACGGGCGCAGAGGACGCAGAAAUGCGGCGGGGAAACGCCGGCACAGAGGUCGGUGGAAAGGGAGACGGGACAGAGAGGGGCUCACGGCGGAAAACACUGAUGACCAUGGGGCGCACGGGCGGAGAUGGUGGAGCCGGCUCGCCAAAGCGGCCGCUCCGGAGCCCGGCGCGCGGCGCAAAAGGUCAGUCUCUCGCGCCAGGCACGUGGAGCUGCUCCUGGUGGCCGACGACACCAUGACAAAGAAAUACGGCAAGGACUUGAACCACUACCUGCUCACACUGGCCUCCAUCGCCUCUAAGCUGUACGGGCACGCCAGCAUCGAGAACCCCAUCCGGCUGUCGGUGGUGAAGGUGACCACGGUCGGUGAGAAGGAGAAGGGGCUGGAGGUGUCCAAGAACGCGGCGGCCACACUGAAGAGCUUCUGCAAGUGGCAGAACCAGCAAAACCCGCUGGACGACGACCACCAGCACCACCACGACGCCGCCAUCCUCUUCACCAGGCAGGACCUCUGUGGCCACCACUCCUGUGACACCCUGGGCAUGGCGGACGUGGGCACCAUCUGCUCUCCGGAGAGAAGCUGCGCUGUCAUCGAGGACGACGGGCUUCACGCAGCGUUUACUGUCGCUCACGAGAUAGGUCACCUGCUCGGUUUGUCCCACGACGACUCCAAGUUCUGCGAGGAGCGUUUCGGAGUGAACAGCGACAAGCGGCUCAUGUCCUCCAUCCUCACCUCCAUCGACGCCUCCAAACCUUGGAGCCGCUGCACCUCGGCGACCAUCACUGACUUCUUUGACGAUGGCAACGCCGAGUGUCUCCUCGAUUCUCCUCGUCAGCCCCUUCUUGGCCCCGAGGAGCUCCCAGGGCAGAGCUACGAUGCCGUCCGCCAGUGUCGCCUGGCCUUCGGCCCCGAGUACACGGUCUGCCCGGGCAUGGACGUAUGCUCCCGGCUGUGGUGCGCCGUGAUUCGCCAGGGACAGAUGGUGUGUCUGACCAAGAAGCUGCCGGCCGUGGAGGGAACGCCCUGCGGGAAGGGACGCAUCUGUCUGCAGGGAAAGUGUGUGGACAAGACCCGCAAGAGACAUUACUCGGCGUCCAACCAUGGCAGCUGGAGCUCCUGGGGUUCUUGGGGUGCGUGCUCCAGAACGUGCGGCGGCGGGGUGCAGUUCGCCCAGCGUCUGUGCAACAACCCGCCGCCGCGGAACAACGGGCGCUACUGCACCGGGAAGAGAGCCAUCUAUCGGUCCUGUAACGUCAUACCGUGUCCAGCAUCAAAUAAGAGUUUCCGUCAGGAGCAGUGUGAGGUGCGUAACGGUCCCCAGACAGAUCCUAAAGGUGUGAAGACCUUUGUUGAGUGGGUUCCUAAAUACGCUGGAGUUCUCCCGAAAGAUGUGUGCAAGCUGACCUGCAGAGCAAAAGGAACAGGAUACUAUGUGGUGUUCUCUCAGAGGGUGGUGGACGGGACAGAGUGUCGUCCCUACAGCAGCUCGGUGUGUGUGAAGGGGAAAUGUGUGCGGACGGGCUGCGACGGCAUCAUCGGCUCCAAGCUGCAGUUUGACAAGUGUGGCAUAUGUGGAGGCGACAGCACAGGAUGUAUACGGGUGGUCGGCAACUUCACCAAGAAGAGUAAGGGCUACACUGACGUAGUAAAGAUCCCUGUGGGCUCCACCCACAUAAAGGUUCGUCAACACAAGGCCAAGGACCAGACCCGCUACACUGCCUACCUGGCCCUCCGACGGCCCAAUGGAGAGUACCUCCUAAACGGCAAGUUCAUGAUCUCCACCUCCGAGACAGUCAUCCCGCUCAAUGGUUCUGUGCUCAACUACAGUGGCUGGAGUCAAAGGGAUGAGUGGCUUCACAGCAUGGGGCCCGGGGCCCUCCAAGAAGCCUUGGUGGUCCAGAUUCUAGCCACAGACGUCAAAAAGCCCCUGGACGUUCGUUACAGCUUCUUCAUGCCUCGCCGGACGCCCCCGCAGCAGCCGUCAGCUCCGCUCAUCCCCAACAAGUCGACCCCAUUGCAGAGCACUACAACCGUCGCAACCACGACAAGAACCACCACCACCACAAGUAGCACCACUACAUCGUCCUCUGAUUCCCCUGUCCUGGUCCCAGGGCCGCCUACAGCUCCAGCUCCCUCAGCCACAGCCCCAGGGCCCCAGUGGGUAACAGGUUCCUGGAUGACCUGCUCCAGGACAUGUGACACUGGCUGGCAGAGCCGGACAGUGCAGUGUAAGGACCAGGACGGGAAACUGUCCAAAGGAUGCAUGCUGGGCGCCCGCCCCUCCGCCUUCAAACACUGUCUGGUGAGGAAAUGUUGAGGAGGCAGGAGAGGAAACAUGAUUUGUGAGACAAGAGACAAUUAGUAGGAGGAAGUUGUUAUCCGUCUGUUAUCUUCUGAUAAAGAUCUCAAGUGCUGGAUGUAGGACCAAUGAAUGGACCAGUGACUUUAAGACAGAACCUUAAACAGGACUGUGAAUGUUGGCUGAAAGCGCCUGGACCAGUCGUACAGAGACUCAGAGACAUAUUGGCGUGGACGCACAUGACUAUAAGCCAGAGGAAUGUCCUGGAAUCAUAGCAGCUGCAGAGAGGACAGUUUCCGUACGAUAGUGACAAGUAUUGUCUCUGGCACAGCUAAGGACUUGAGUUGCAUGUCAUUUCCACAGAGACAACAACUGAUUGUCUUUACGUCGGUCUCCAAACCCUGGAGGCUCAGUGUGUGUUGCCCUGUAAUGGCAUGCAUGUUGUGUCUUUUUUAUGCUAUUGUGUGUGUUCUAAUCACUGUGGGUGUUUCAAAGUCAUACCCCCCCCCCCUUUGUCUUUUGUCACGAGUGCGUCCGAGACGAGAGCCCUCGUCGUUCACCCCGCCGUCACCUGUUCCACAGCUGCUAUGCUCCGUGUUUGGGUCGUGAGCUGCCGUGUUGUGUAACGUGAACAUCUCAGUGACUGAGCUGGAUUCACCUGUACAGCAAAGAAACAGCGGCGCAGUGCGAUGGGACGGGAAGGGAGAGUACGGCAGCCUUCAGGGGACAAAUCUUAUAGCAGUUAAUUCGACAAAGGGGCGAAAUAACCAUGACUCUCCGUAACGUUUGUGGAGGGAAGUGAUGAAUCAGAUUUGGGGCGAUGCUUGAUUUUUAUGUGUGUGUGUGUGUGUUGGUGUGUGUUUGUGUAUGUUAUGUGUCAGCACACUCAUGCAGCCAGGCCUGUGUUUAAAGCACAUACAGUCUGUACCGUGAACACGUUCUGUUCUCUACUGUGUCUUGAAGCUUCUUCACUCUCGGUUCCACUUGUAUCAGACCCUGUGUUGGUGCUGGGAGGUUUACAGUCCUCAUGUAUUUGUUUGUUUGUUUGUUUUGUGGCAGUCAAUAUCUGUUUGUUUGUCUGUCUGUUUAUUUGUUUUAGGAAACAAUGCUAAUAUGACAAUGUGUGCCCUGGAUACUCGCAACGACAGCAAGAGAGAUACUAAUGCAGUCAUUCCUGUCCUUUUGCAAUUCAACUCGUUCUCCACUUGUCUUUUCUUUCCGUCAUUCAUCUGUCUCUCUCACACGUCCUGUAUUUGCAAAUGAUGAUUUGAACCUGUCUCCAGUCCUGAUGGGUGCAGUUUGCCUAAAUACAACAAUUCGGAUUGAUCCAUCCAUCGACCGGGACGAUCCAUCCAUCGGUUGAGGAUGUUUAAGGCUCGCGUCACCCAAAAACUCAUUUUCUCACGGAUCUUUAUUGGAGUAAUAAAGAAUACAGCCAUGCAUAUAGCUUUGGUUUUAUCACCCGAGGUCUGAGACGUCCGUGUGCCACCUCCACCCUGACAGGCGUGUAAAAAGUAUAACACUUGGAUCAUUUCCUUGGCUCUCUGACGGUAAUUAAGGCCCCGGUAUUACAAGGUAAUGUUGAUUCCAAACCGAAUGGACUUAAAAACUCCUUCCUGUAAUUGUGUUAAACUUUCUGGCAACCUUCAUAUUUUCCUGUGUGGCAAACCUCACCCAUCUGGCACCUGUGCAGGAGAAAACAAACCGUGAGAAACAUUCUCAGAUACUACGAGACCCAGGUCAACAAACCACUCACAGAACGCUCCCUCCUCUCGCCUCACACGUUCACAUUUAUUUACACGAUGUAGACACUUUUGUACAUGAAUAGAUCUUUCAUAUAUGUGUUAGUAUUCAACCAUAUUUACACAGAAAUUUACACGUACAGACACACACCAUUGAUGCAAUCCAUCAGUUACACUGUUUUUGAGUAUUUCAGACACACACACACAUACACACACACAUAUACACACAACUUACUCUGACUCUUCCAGUGGGGAAACCCCAUCUCGCUGAACGACAGAAACACAGCACUGAACUUGUAAUUUAUUGUUUGUACAACUGGUAUGUGUGAAUAAAAAAAACAAUGAGAUGAGUUUUAUUUAUUAUACUAAUUUUGUAUCAAAUUACUAUUUAACUUAGGAAUAUGACUGUGCAGAUUCAUUCCUUUGUAAGAAUAUAGUGUUUCUUUUCUAGUCAUCCACAUGAA